GUUGACAAUUAACAUUAAAGAACCAAUUCUAUCUUUUUCGUUAGAAUAUUUAAUUGCGAUAAGAUAUGGUAAAUGGUUUAUGCCUCUUCCAGUAAGGUUUAUUCCAUCAUAAUUUCAGGUCAUCAAGACCAUGUCUAGGUAAACCAUCAUCUUCUUUGUUCUCAAAAUCAAAAAUCAUAUUUAUCUUUUGUUGUUGCAAGGAACUCAGAGGAGACCAACACGUUUCUAGCUUUGAUUCUCUAUCUGGAGUUUAGAAUCUAAGAUAGAUAUGGAUGGGGAAGAGAUAGAGCCUUGGGCUCGUGCAUCAGGAGGAUGUAGUCACACUCAUAGUUGCAAUCCUCCAGGACCAGAGGAUGCUUCUCACUCACACACAUGCUUCCACACUCACACUCAUCUCAUCAUCCCUGAUUCGCAAGAGAAUGACCAUUCUGACAGCAGCAACAAGAGGCGGCCAUGUGGGAACAGAGAGGCAGUGAGAAAGUACAGGGAGAAGAAGAAGGCUCGCACGGCAUACCUUGAAGACGAAGUCAAGAGACUGCAAUCUAUGAAUGAAUUCUUGCUUAGAAAGCUUCAGAGUCAAGCAAUUGUGGAAGCUGAAAUCAUCAGACUCCGGACUCUUCUGGCAGAGAUGCAGAAAACAAUUGAUGAUGAACUCGGUGGUUUCUCGUUUCAGAAGCAAUGCAACGGUUCUGGCUUUGUGUUCAAAGAAGAUGGAUGCAACGUAGCAACAAGGAAUAUGAUUUGCGAAGUGGCAAGAGUAGAGUGCGAGGAGGGCAAAACACUUCAUGAACCUAUUCAUUCUUUUGUUCCCCAUUCACCACCAUUCUCACGUUAAGGCUUUCCACAGGUUGUGGUAUAGUGUAUAUCUAUAUAUAUACAUACAUUUACGGGUUUUAUUAGGGCAUAGAGGUUAUACUCCAAAACAGUUAACAGCUACACAGAUUGCAGCUUAUUUCACAUAUGUCUAUUUUGUUGGUACCAAAACAUAUUUGAUUAGAUGUAAUUUGAUAUGGAAUGAUAAGGAUGAGGAGGAUUGUAGGUGUAUGUAUGAUGAUGAUUGUGGGCUUGAAAGAUCUUUUGGGGUCCA